AUGGAGUCCAUGAUGAUCAGAAGUCUGCGGCCCUGGCACGCUCGUCCGCUUCAGGGAUUAUGCCAGCCCUGCCGUAGCCUGACAACGAGUGUCCCGCGGCUAUCAGGUCACAAUAAAUGGUCUACGAUCAAACAUGACAAGGCAAAGAAUGACAAGGCAAAGGGGAGGGAGCGCGGUCUAGUUAGCAAGGAAAUCAGCAGUGCGACGCAAAGAGCGGGCCCGAAUCCGAAAGACAAUCCCCGUCUAGUACAAGCCCUUGCGAAUGCGAAGCGGAUCGGACUCCCCAAACACAUCAUCGAUACUGCCAUCGCGAGGGGUCAGGGUAUCAGUCUUUCAGGCAAGGCUCUCGAAGCGAUGACGUGCGAGGCCAUGUUACCGCACUCGGUUGCGGUGGUGAUUGAAUGCCAAACCGAUCUAAAAACCCGGACGCUGCAAGACGUUCGCCAUGCCAUUAAAUCUCGCGGUGGGACCUCCACGCCUACAACGUUUCUUUUUGAGAAGAAGGGCCGGAUAAUCUUUGAGAAAAAGGACGGCCUCGACCCCGAUGACUACAUGGAACAGGCGAUCGAGGCGGGUGCUACAGACAUCGGAGCAGAUGAGGAAGGCCGACUCUGUGUGCUCACCGAGCCGGCGGGCACCAAGAGCGUGGGUGAAUCCCUUUCCAAGCUGACUGGCCUAGCAGUUGACGUAUCCGAAAUCAUAUGGGACCCGAAUCCGGACACCAUGGUGGAAUUGAAGGCCGAUGAACAAAUCAAAGAGAUCGAGGACACAAUAGCUUUCAUCCGGGAGGUACCCGCCGUCCAGGACAUAUAUCUAAACACGGCCCAGCGAUUCUAA